AUGGAGUCAAAUGAAGGUGACACAAUGAAUAUAUCUUGGACUAAUAAUGUGUUUCCUCUGAGUGAAAUGUAUGAAAUAAUCCACACAUACGACGGUUUACAAAGGCCAAUCCUUCGUGCAAAUGAGGAUAAUAUAUCAAUAUAUGAUCCUUCGAAAUACGCCUACCCCAGUUCAACAUUUCAUUUUGGAAACAUAAGUCUUAAGAUAAGGAACAUAAGGAGAAGAGAUGCUGGAUACUAUUCCGUAUGUACCGGAUGUACUGUGAAAAAUAAAUGCUGGUGUGGAGGAGGCGUUGUACUUGUGGUAAAAGGUUGUCAGUUACACCCUGAAAUAAUGUUUGUUUGCCCUCUCCCAACUCAAGGAAAUCCAACUAAACCAGCGAUAACAGGAAAUCUGACUCUCAAAACAGGAGAAAACGCAUCAGUGACCUGCUACAGUAAAUCCACUUCAGUUCCAUCCUAUUAUAAAGAGUUCCCUCCAUUGUCAUACAUAUGGUACAUCAACAACACACUGGUGAAAGAAAGUACGGAAAAUAUGUACAGAUUUACCAUAGCGAAGGGCGAUAAACACAGCUAUAUUUCAUGUCAAGCAAAGGAAACCCUCAUAUCUGAGGAAAGUAAACGGCUGCAAAUCAUCCCGCUCUAUGGUCCAGAUCUAGAAGACAUGAAUAUUUCACCAUUGAUCAGUGACAACAUAACGUUACGUGACGGUGACAUCUUUGGUCCGUAUGUCUGUACAGUGGACUGUAAUCCACCAUGCAGUAUUCAAUGGAAAUACAUGGAACCAUCCGGAAAGUUUGUUAAUGCCACAACCAAAGGACAAACAUCAAAGCUAUUACCGGAACAACGAGUGCGCAGAAGCAAACAUGAAUUGUUCCAGUGUGUUGCACAAGGCUUAGAUGCCAAACAGGAAACAAUUACAAUAAAUUUAGACAUUCAGUUGUUUUCAGAUUUGUCGACACCGAAGGUAUUUAUAAAUGGAAUAGCUGCUGCAAAUGUGUCAAACAUACCGGAAAAUAAACCCCUGCAAUUGUCAUGUCUUGUGAAGGGAAAUCCCGUUCCAGCCGUGACCAUCAGCAGGGACAGGGCAAACCACGUUCUCGUGAACAGUGUGGGCUACUGGUCAAAUUAUACAUCUAUUAAAGAAGCCCAGUGUGCCGAUACAGACACCUACAGGUGUGAAGGAACGUCAAAAGAAAUGCCAAGCAAAUCUACAACAUUUACUAUCAAUAUUGUUUGUAAACCUCGGUUUGACAAACGUUUAGAGUUCAAAUCAACAUACAAAAUAGAACAUCUACCUACAGUUAUAACUGUGGAUGUUCCUGUUAUCUCCUAUCCUAAACCGAUUUCUGUCAAAUGGCUCGGGGCGGUUCCUACAGAGGCUUUCUAUACCACGAUAUCUAGAGGAAAUGAUUUUUUUCAUCACUGGAUAUACAGCACAAUCCCUAUUUAUAAUGGCAGCUUUCUUGGAAACUAUACUCUCUAUGGCGAUGACAUCGAAUUAGCAAGCAUUAGGAUAAUAGGUUUUCGUUUUAUUUAUUUACUGUAUACAGGGUUAUUUUCGCCCUUUUACAUCAACAAACUGUUUUGUCCCGUUUUAAAUUCGCCCAUUCACAUGUCUGUUUAA